AUGGCUAAACAAUCUGCUUCUAGUAAAACCAAAUCUCAGAAGGGUAAGAUUACCAUAGAUGCUGGGGAGUAUGAGAGGCUUAAGGAAGUUGGGAAAGCUCAAACUAGGGCUGCCAGCAAAGCAGCUCAAAAGACAUUUCUGGAGAGACAGCAUCAAGAAAACCUGAAAUAUACUGCUGAUACUCUUGAGGAAGAGGAUGAGGGGGAGGAUGCCCCACUGCCACCCUCCCAAAAGCGUAGGCAUAGGAGGGAGGUAGUAGAUGACCAGGAUGAAGAGAAUGAUAGUAACAUGGUCCAGACUCCACCUUUAACUCAAUAUAGAUCCUGGAGGCUUAUAGAUCAUAAAGAUGAAAACAGGGGUGGGGAUGACAAUACAGAUACAGAAGAGUUUAUGAACAUUGUCAGAGGGGAUAGUGAACAAGAAGAGGAGGAUGAUGGCAAUCAUUCCCAGAUGCAAGGCAGAAAAGACGCACAACAAGCUGGUAAUAUUGGUGAAAGCACUAGCACACCAUCUUGUUUGCCAUCUGCAGCUCUUUCUAUUCAACCUUCCAGUCGCACAUCAAGCACAGCAAUGGCUAGUGUAUCUUCAUCUUCUGCUAUGACUAGGAAGUGCAAACCUACACCAGCUCUUUUCCCUCCUUCUUUGGCACAGCUAGCUAUAGAAGCCCAUACUCAUAUCUGUCUUCAUAUUGCAACAAAUGAAGGAUUCCCGGCUUCCAAUAUAUGCUCUGAUAUCUCAUCACAAAUAAUCACCCAAAGCUCCAAGAUUAGCAACAGCUUUGAAUCCAAAUUAAGGGAAGUUGAAGAAAAUGAAGCUUUGGAAAUCUUCAUAAUGGAUUAUGUAUGGUCUGCUGGGCCCCAAAUACGGGGAGAGGUUGUUGCCAAGGCCAGACUCAUAACCAAUAGUGCAUAUGGUAUCCCAGGGGAUAUGUCUCCUGAAGAAAUCAAACUUGCUGUUGAGUGUGCUCUUAGAGCCUAUAAUAGUGGUGGUAAGAGCUUACAAGAUUUUUCAGAGAAUAUGUUCAAAGCUAGAUGGGGAUUCUACUUUGAGAAGCUCUCUACACUCCAGAAGUGUUGCCCUGGUUGGAUGACUCAAAUGAGGAAUAAUCUUUACAAAAGCAUUUUACAAUCAGCCAAUUUUCAAUAUCUUAAUCAAAAACCUCAAGACAAAGAUUAUGGGAUUGACUUUGAUGCUUUAGAGGAAACUAUGGUAGCAUAA